GCUCGCAGAAUGCGCAGGCGCCGCCUAGAAGUGACUUCUCCAAAAAGUGUCUUAGUUCUCGGUCACCUGAGCACCCAGGACGCGUUCUCCAGAGCCUCGAGGAGCCACGCCCGCCGCAGGUCCUGCUCGGAGACCCUGCCUUCCUCCUCCUCCUCCCACCGCUGCGAGCCUCCCCGGGGAUCCGUCCUUCUACCUGUCCUGUCCCCGGAACCGGGCCGGACCGAACCCGGCAGAGCUGGGCCGCCCGGGCGCGGCCGCUGACCAUGGCGUCCCUCUUCAAGAAGAAGACUGUGGACGAUGUCAUAAAGGAGCAGAAUCGAGAACUGCGUGGCACCCAGAGGGCCAUCAUCAGGGACCGAGCAGCCUUAGAGAAACAGGAGAAACAGCUGGAGUUAGAAAUUAAGAAGAUGGCCAAGAUUGGUAAUAAGGAAGCCUGCAGGGUUCUAGCCAAGCAGCUUGUCCAUCUGCGGAAACAGAAGACAAGAACGUUUGCUGUAAGCUCCAAAGUCACAUCUAUGUCCACACAAACGAAAGUGAUGAAUUCCCAGAUGAAGAUGGCUGGGGCCAUGUCUACCACUGCGAAGACAAUGCAAGCAGUCAACAAGAAAAUGGAUCCACAGAAGACACUACAAACAAUGCAGAAUUUCCAGAAGGAAAACAUGAAAAUGGAAAUGACUGAAGAAAUGAUCAAUGACACCCUUGACGACAUCUUUGAUGGCUCUGAUGACGAAGAAGAAAGCCAGGACAUCGUGAACCAAGUUCUUGAUGAAAUUGGAAUUGAGAUCUCUGGAAAGAUGGCCAAAGCCCCAUCGGCUGCGAGAAGCCUGCCGUCUGCCUCCACCUCGAAGGCUACGAUUUCUGAUGAAGAGAUUGAACGUCAACUCAAAGCUUUAGGGGUGGAUUAGAUGGACAGCCAUACACACUCUUCUCACUUUGGUCUAAAGUGAGUCCAGUGUAGAUUCCUUUUACAGAACAUAUUCAUUUUGCAAAAAUGAAGACCAUGAGUGAACAGUUAUUUCCUGACCCAUGGCUAUUUUGAAUCCUUUGCCAAAGAAUGCCAGUGAUGCAAAAAAAAUGGGAACAGUUUGGAUUUUAACUAGAACCACCACGGUCUGAGAUGUGUGCAAGCUGAGUUCUUUUCUGCAUGGCAUAGGGAGAUGGCGUCACUACUUAGUGUCGGGUUGUAUUCUACGUUGUUUUACACUGAAAUCAGAAUCCAUGUUAGAUGCCAUUAGGCACCAACUUAAAGAGACUUGUAAACAUAUUAAAGGUAUAUCGUUAAUUCUGUAUCCGUUGCUCGUCCUUUGUAGAAAGUUAUGUUAGGACCAUAGGCAGUGCAGCUGCCAAUUUUUUUUAAACCAUCUAAAAGAAGAGUGCUAUUUCAACAUCUGUCUUAAAAACUGUCAUGAGCUUUUACUUUUCUUCCAUUUUCCCCCUUUGGGAGAACAUUCUAGUUGGUAAGUUUAUUACCUUUCAAAAUGUGCUUGGCACCUGCCUUAAAUAGCACAAACAUAUUGUGCACAUCUUUAAAUUAAUUUAACUGGCAAAAAACAAUUACAUUUUAAAAUAAAACUGAGGCUGAGAACAGUUACCCGUUCUGUCUUAUAAAGCUUAUAAAAGUGAAUUGGAUAUAAUUAGCAAAAUGAAGAAAGAAGACACUGAAUUAAUAACGUUUUACAGUAAUGAAACUAUACUUGGUCUUUCUUCCAAGAACUGAGAUUUUCUCUGUAUGAAUUAUAACUUAGUCUGUGUUGGAAUUUUGAAUUGUAUUAAUAUACACAUUUAACCCUCUAAAGUGAAGCCAUUCUACUAAAGGAAGGACUGCUACUUUGACAGAACUUGAUCCAGAUUUCUAAAGAAAAUGUUUUUGUUUUGUUGUGUUUUUGGUAAAUAAACUGCAACUUUGUCAGAAA